CAGGGUACAUCAUGGUGUAGCUGUAACAUAUACCUUUACAAGUGGUAUGAGCGUAUUGUGAUUUCCGACAUAGAUGGAACAAUCACAAAAAGCGACGUGCUUGGCCAUGUUAUCCCAGCCAUUGGCGGAACGUGGGCUCAUGCUGGAGUUGCUGAAUUGUACACUCGGAUUAAGAACAAUGGUUACAAGAUGGUGUAUUUGUCAUCUCGAGCGAUCGGGCAAAGUCACACAACGAAACAAUAUCUGAAGAGCAUUGCCCAGGACAGUAAGCAACUGCCUGAUGGUCCGGUGCUGCUGUCACCGACAAGUGUGCUCAUCGCGUUUAGAAGGGAGGUGAUCGAACGCCGUCCUGAAGAAUUCAAAAUAGCUGCGUUAACUGAUUGA